GGCGGUCCAUUGCCCUUCAAACCGGUCCAAACCGGACCAUCACUGUCCUUAUAUACGUUGCAUCAUGCCUGCUCAUAGAACUUAGGUCAACUGCAACAUUUCUUGAUCACAACAUAUUACAAUAUUCCUAAGCAGAGAGAGAGAGAGAGAGAGAGAGAGAGAGAGAGAGAGUUUGAAUCAAUGGCCACCGCCGGAGAGGAGAGCCAGACCCAAGCCGGGAGGCACCAGGAGGUUGGCCACAAGUCUCUCCUUCAGAGUGAUGCUCUUUACCAAUAUAUUUUGGAGACCAGCGUGUACCCAAGAGAGCCUGAGCCCAUGAAGGAGCUCAGGGACAUAACAGCAAAACAUCCAUGGAACAUAAUGACAACAUCAGCAGACGAAGGGCAGUUCUUGAACAUGCUUCUCAAGCUCAUCAACGCCAAGAACACCAUGGAGAUUGGUGUCUUCACUGGCUACUCUCUCCUCGCCACCGCUCUUGCUCUUCCUGAUGACGGAAAGAUUUUGGCUAUGGACAUUAACAGAGAGAGCUAUGAACUUGGCCUGCCGGUCAUCCAAAAAGCCGGUGUUGCCGACAAGAUUGACUUCAGAGAAGGCCCUGCUUUGCCUAUUCUUGAUCAGUUGAUCGAAGAUGGGAAGCAAGGGUCGUUCGACUUCAUAUUCGUGGACGCGGACAAGGACAAUUACCUCAACUACCACAAGAGGCUGAUCGAGCUUGUCAAGGUUGGAGGCCUCAUUGGCUACGACAACACCCUAUGGAACGGCUCCGUGGUUGCGCCGCCGGACGCCCCGCUCAGGAAGUAUGUGAGGUACUACAGGGAUUUUGUGCUGGAGCUCAACAAGGCUCUUGCCGCUGAUCCUAGGAUUGAGAUCUGCAUGCUCCCCGUGGGUGAUGGCAUCACUCUCUGCCGUCGGAUCAGCUGAGCAUCUAAUCUCAAGUCCUUAUGAUCAGGGUUCAUUCUUAAUGUAGAACCCACGAAAAAGAGAGAGAUUUAUGUAUAUCUUGUUGCUGUUUCUUUUCCAUGAACCUAGAAACGGGAUUCGCAAUUAAAUGCCAAAUUAUGUUGCUGUUUCUCUUUA